AUGGCCAGCUCGUCAGAAAAUAAGGACCACGAUGAUUUUCCGCUUGCAGAUGAAGCCGAUGAAAUCACAAUGAUGUCUGGUCGGACCCCUAGGCCGGCAGCUCCGUUACCACGUGAGGAACCUCCCGAGGAUCCAGAGGAAAAGGCACGCACAAUCGCUCAAGUCCUCGAGCUUCAGAAUACGUUGGAUGAUCUCAGCCAGCGGGUCGAUUCAGUCAAAGAAGAAAGCCUGCGGCUUCGAAGCGAAAAUCAGGUACUCGGCCAAUAUAUCCAAAAUCUGAUGGGAAGCAGCUCGGUCUUCCAAUCCAGCCACCCGAGCAAACAGGCUGCCCACAAGAACGAGAUGUUCGGAGCCUUCUUCUGG